ACAAAAGAACCAAUACCAAAUACAAGCAAAGCAAGCAAAUAGCGCAGUAAAGUUGUUUCGGCGGAAAUAAAUCUUUGAUAUAACCAUAAUCUUUAGUUUUUUUAAGAGUCGAAUAUUGUCCGUUCGCCAAUUUUAUAAUUCUAUAUUUUUGAUAAAAAUAACUUGAUCUAUUGGUAUUCUGUGAUUGAUCCCAUAACAAAAGCCGUCGUUCAAUAAAAAUUGUUAUCUUUUUGGUUAAUAAACUUUCAAAGGUCAAAAGAAGUUCAGGCUGAAUGUCGUAUUGAGAACAUAUUUUGAAAAAGUUAACCAAGGAAAAUUAAAAUGGGAAACCGAUCUUCAUUGUUGUUGAGGGAAGAAGAGAUCGAACAAAUUCAGCAGGAAACAGGAUUUACCGCUAAACAAAUUGAAAGGCUGUACUCCAGAUUUACGGCACUUGAUAGGAAUGACUGCGGAACUUUAAGUAGAGAUGAUUUCUUGAGAAUUCCGGAACUAGCCAUAAAUCCAUUAGGAGAAAGAAUUGUAAACUCGUUUUUCCAAGGGGACGAGUUCACUGACAGAGUCAAUUUUAGGCAAUUCAUGCAUGUCUUGUCGCACUUCCGGCCAGUCAAAAAGAAUAAAGAGAAUAAGUUGAAUAGCCGCGAAGAAAAGUUAAAAUUUGCCUUCAAAUUAUAUGACCUAGAUAAUGAUGACCUGAUAUCAAAAGAUGAACUGCUAGCAAUUUUGCACAUGAUGGUAGGGACAAACAUCAGUGAAGAGCAGUUAACAAGUAUAGCAGAGAGAACAAUUAUUGAAGCAGAUGAAGAUGGUGACCAAAUGAUAUCAUUUGAAGAAUUCUGCAAAGCCCUCCAAAGAACUGAUGUCGAACAGAAAAUGAGUAUCAGGUUUUUAAAUUGAAUAUUGAAUUGCCUGGGUGGUUUGGUAAUUUUGCUCGUUCUAGUCUUAAGUCCCUAUUGAGAUAGGUAGGAAUCUUAAUAAAAUUUAUAUUUUAAUUAAAGUUUAAUUUUAUAUUUGUUAGAAUUUGAUAUUCUUUCUAGUUGU